AUGAACGAGCGACUGAGUACUAUUGAAUACGAUAUAAAGGAUAUUAAAGGUAAUGUCGCGAAAUUGGAAGAAGGCCUUAACUCUGUUAACAGUGAUGUAGCAGAAAUAAAACAAGACUUGGAGAAGAAAGCGGAGAAAGAGAAGCUUGAGGAACUGGAAAACGAAGUGGAGGAAUUACGCAACAGAUCAAGGCGAAACAACCUUGUAUUCUAUAAUGUACCGGAAAAAAGCAGAUGGACAAGAAUCUGCAGAAUUCAUUCAAGACUUGAUAGCCACCCACAUGGGCCUAGAGAUCCUAUGUGGACAUGUUGAAACAGAAAGUGCUCACCGUACACCAACAAGGCGAGCGAAAACUCCGGCAAGAAAAAGCCAAGACCCAUUCAUGUAGCGUUGCUACGAUACACCGAUAAAGUUAAGAUCCUCUCUAACGCCGCUGCUAGAAUAAAGGAUAAUCCCUUCCAAGGAAACUUAAUUGGUAUUGGUGCUGAUUUCGCAAAGAGAACACAAGAACGACGAAAGGAGCUC